GCCUGCAGGGACUGUGCAUUUUUGUUCCAAGUGUGUGUGUGUGUUUGUGUGUGAGGGGGGCUGCUCUGCCCAGGCAAUGGAGCUUUGGGAAUGGGGGGCCUUGGGCCUGGAUUCUGGAUGCUGCACAAGGCAGCUGGGAAUCAGGGUCCUCUCGGGCUAAAAAGGAGGAUACCAUGCAUGGAGUCUAGAUAUUGGGAAUGGGGCCUUUGGGGCUGGGCUGCAGGGUGCUGAGCAGUGGAGCUGAGUGCUGGGAACAAGGGUCCUCUCACUCUGGGGUACUGCACCCAGGGAAACUGGCACUUGGUAAUGGGGGCUUCCAGGUGCAAUGUGCUGGCUUGGGAGUGCAGGCUUUGGCACUCCACUUACAGAGCUGCAAAUUUCAAAUGUCCUGUCUUUUCCCUAGGUGGAGGAACUGGGUUUGUGGGCAGAGCCCUGACCCAGUUACUGCGUAGCCGUGGGCACGAGGUGACCCAUGUCUCUCGACAAGGGGGCAAGGAUCGGAUCAGCUGGGAACAGUUGUCCUGCUCUGGACUGCCCCCGUGUGAUGCCGUGGUGAACUUGGCUGGUGAGAAUAUCCUCAACCCUUUCCGCAGGUGGGAUGAUGCCUUCUGCAGGGAAAUCAUCAGCAGCCGGGUUGAGACCACCAAGACCUUGGCCAAAGCCAUUGCUGAUGCUGACCAGCCACCUCGUACUUGGAUCCUCAUCACCGGCGUAGGUUAUUACCGUCCCAGCCCCACAGCUGAGUACACCGAGGACAGCCCUGGGGGGGAUUUUGACUUCUUUUCACGCCUGGUGAGCUCCUGGGAGGCUGCAGCUCUCAUCCCUGGGAGCCCAGCUCGUGGUGUUGUGGUGAGAUCUGGGGUAGUGCUGGGCCGUGAUGGUGGUGCCAUCUCUCGCAUGCUCUGGCCUUUCCGGCUGGGGCUGGGAGGCCCCUUGGGCUCUGGACUCCAGCCGUUCCCAUGGAUUCACAUUCGAGACCUGUCUGGAAUUGUGUGUCAUGUCCUGGAGAGUGAGUGCCUGCAAGGGAUCUUCAACGGUGUCUCCCCAUCCUCCCCUGCCACCUCCAACGGCACCUUUGCCCAGGAGCUCGGUGCAGCCCUGGGGCGCCCAGCCCUGCUGUCAGUACCCACUUGGGCUGUGCGAGCGGUGUUUGGGGCUGAGCGGGCCAUCAUGCUGUUGGAGGGCCAGAGAGUGGUACCAAAACGUACCCUGGAGAGCGGCUACCGUUUCAUCUUCUCUGAUCUCUCUGCAGCUCUGAAGGAUAUUGUGGCUUGAGGACACCUGGGGUGGGUUGGGAACCUGUUUGUGAGGUUCCCAGCCUGCAUGCCUUUCCCUGAGUGAAAGUAGUCCUGCCCCUUCUUGGCUGUCAUAUCUCCUCUGUAUGAGGAUGGGAUUCUUCAUGGGUUUUUUUUCCCCCCUUCCUCUGUCUCCUGCUGUGCAUCCCCAAUUUAGGAGUUGCUCUUUCUACUGCCAAUUCCAGGCCCCAUAUCACCAGCUUUUGGGGAAAGGCAUAAGCCCCUCUAAGAGCUGUAAAUGCUAAAUUUGACAUCUUCCUUUUUUUGACAGCAUGUGAGCUGCUAGCAAAGCAUCUGGGGAUGCAACACCUCCUCUGCUGAGGAAGAGGAGUUGCAACAGGGGAAGUAUAUCCAGGGUUUGUAACUCUUGUCCAUCUUGUUGGAAGCCCCUCUUGUUCCACUCCCCCACCUCGCUUCUCCCCAUUUCUUACCCUGUAUGUUCACAAGAGAUCCAGUUAUGCUGCCCUGUUUACCUGUCUCAGUCUUUUAGGGAGUGGGGUUGUGGCUGUGGUGGGGAGAAUCCAUCCUGAGAGGGUGUGGUGUUCUGCUCACAGAUCCUUUUGAAUGUUCCGUAGCUUAAGGGACUGUUAAGAGCAAGUACUCCAAGUGUAGCAUGACCACAAGUAAUAAAUAUUUAUUACUCACUCUUA